GACAGUUUCCACCCCUCCACUGACAAGGUGUACUGACUUCCUCUGCAAGAUGUCCUGCCAGCAAAGCCAGCAGCAGUGCCAGCCCCCUCCCAAGUGCCCCACCCCCAAGUUUCCUCCUCCCAAAUGUCCCCCCAAGUGCCCACCUCCAUGUCCUCCCCCAGUCUCCCCCUGCUGCGGCCCCAGCUCCGGGGGCUGCUGCAGCUCGGGGUGUGGGGGCUGCUGCCUGAGCCACCGCAGGCGCCGCAGGUCCCACCGCCGCAGAGCCCAGAGCUCCGGCUGCUGUGGUGGUGGCAGCGGUCAGCACCCCGGGGGCUCCAGUUGCUGCCACGAGUCUGAGGGCUCCGGCUGCUGCUCUGGGGGCUGCUGCUGAUCUCGCCUGUGAGGACUUGUGACAAGCAGAGCUGGAACCAAAGUGCUGAAUGCCCACCCCAGCCUGCUGCUCACUAUCCUCUCCCUCUGUGCCCUGCAGACUGAGCUGCUGAAAUCUUCCCACGGAAACAUCUGCAUUUUCCCUAAAUAUUUCUGGCCUCCUCUUCUGAGUUACAAAAUAAAAAACCUUCCC